AUGUGGGUGAUUGUGAACAUCCUUAUCACCAUCAUUACCUCAUCCAAUUUUCCUGAAUCCGAGAACUCGUAUACCGACUUUUGUCUUAUUAUUAUCAAUCGAACCUAUACGCCGUACCAAGGGAUCCAAGCUGUAUCCGAUAAUCUAAAGAAGCUCAAUAUUAUAACCAUCCGGUAUCUUCCGCCUCGAAACAUCUUGAAAGAUAUAAAACAUUUUCCUAAGGUGAUUGGGAUGGAUAAGAAGAAUCCUACUCAAUCGGAAGAGCGAAGACAAAGCUCGAUAGUAGAUAGCGACAUAAUUCCUCACACCAUAGAAAUUGUUGAAGGCAAAAACCAUAAAGCUUGGAACAGAUUGAAAGCCAUGAGUUGGAGAUUCACAAGUUGGCUUGAAACACAUACAUCUUUAGUCAACAUGAUAAUGUUCUUUAUGUUAGGUACAAACUUUGGACCUGAGUUGGUUUAUCGAGAAUAUUUCUUUUCACAAUUCUCAACCAAUAAUAAUCUAAAUGUUCAAUCAGCUGGUAGUAUUUUAACUCAAGCUCCUUUACCUGAACAUCUUGAUCCUCAACUUUAUCGAGCCAGUUGGUCAAACUCAGAAACAAAUAUAAGUCCCAUUGAAUUUGAUGUGAUUGAACCUCUUGAUGAUCAAAAUGGAAAAGGAAUCGGUUGGACCAUCGUUUUUAUACAUGGACUUGGAUCUCCAAACUCAUCACACGGAUAUCAAUGGAGAGAAUACUUAUUAUCUACAAUCUAUAGACCACCUAAUUCUAAAAAGAUUGGAAACUUAACUGGCCUUCGAUUUAUCUUACCUAAAGCUCCUAUCAUUCCGAUCACAGUUUAUUCAGAUCAACCUAACCAAGGUAAAAGACCUGGUUGGUUUGAUAUAAAAGAUUGGAGAGAUUUAAAUUAUCUUGAAGAUGAAGAAGCUUUAAGGAAAAGUUGUGUUCAGAUCUCUGAUGUGAUUUCUAAUCAGAUUAGAGAAUCAAAGAUGGAAAUGAAAAAAACUAUUAUUGCUGGGUUUAGUCAAGGUGCGGUGAUGUCCUUACUUACUACCUUGGCAUUGUUUGAGCCUCCUGCUGCAACACUGAUGCUGGUAUGUGAUUGUCUCUUCCAAAACCUAAAACCUGAAUAA